AUGAAUCCGUCGUUUCCCUCUAUCACGUUUCCGAACCAUUGGACCUUAGUGACCGGACUGUAUCCAGAGGCGCACGGUAUCGUUGCCAACGAGUUUUAUGACCCAGAGUUGAAGGAACAGUUCAUUCAUAAAAAGCCAGCAAUCAGUCAGCAACCGAAAUGGUGGGGCGGUGAACCUAUUUGGACAACUGCCGCAUCACAAGGAAAAAAGUCUGCUGUGAUUAUGUGGCCAGGUUCAGCGGUGCCAAGCCAUUUGCCGACAUAUCUCGUCGAUUAUAUCCGAGGAACAACGGCCAUAGACAAAAUGGAUACCACGUUGAAUUGGUUGGAUUUACCAAUAGAAAGCCGUCCUCAAAUGAUUGCUGUAUAUAUACCGCAGAUCGAUCAGAAAGGUCAUGGUGGAGGUCCCGACGGUCCACAGAUGAAUCGUAAUCUGACCCAAGUGGAUGAGGCGAUCAGUCAUCUUAUGGACGGUUUGAAAAAGCGGAACUUGGACGCGUUAGUGGAUAUUGUCAUUGUAAGCGACCAUGGUAUGGCGCCAACCGAUAAAUCAAGGCUUAUUUUCUAUGACGAUAUCUUAUCUACUGAAUCGUUACGUUAUCUACGGGAGCGAGAAGCUUGGCCGAUGCUCAACUUGCGCCCAGUGGAGAACGCGCCCUCACAUAUUGUGGAUCAAGUGUAUGAGGAGCUUCACAGUUAUACCCAACAAGUGCCUGAGGCCCAUUUUCGAGUAUACCGCCGUGAGGACGUUCCAGCACGGUUUCAUUACAGCAGCACAUUGCGGAUUGCUCCGAUUGUCACUAUUCCCGACGUCGGGUAUUCAUUCACCACGCAUGACGAAUUUGAUCCUGAUACUGCUCCGUGUUACCGACCGCGUGGCAUUCAUGGCUACGACAACAUGGCCCCCGAAAUGCGUGCUAUCUUCAUGGCCAAAGGUCCGAAUGUGAUGCGUGAUUAUGCGCCCGGCACGGUUCUGGCACCGUUCUUCAAUAUCGAGGUGUACGGCUUUCUAACCCGUCUUUUGGCGCUGGAUGCCGCACCUAACAACGGCACAUUACAUGGGCAAUUUAUUUCUGUAAAAUAA